GCAAACCUGUCUUCAUUAAGGUCCCUGAGGACCAGACUGGGCUGUCAGGAGGAGUGGCCUCCUUCGUGUGCCAAGCCACAGGGGAGCCCAAGCCGCGCAUCACAUGGAUGAAGAAGGGGAAGAAAGUCAGCUCCCAGCGCUUUGAGGUCAUUGAGUUUGAUGAUGGGGCAGGGUCUGUGCUGCGGAUCCAGCCGUUGCGCGUGCAGCGAGAUGAAGCCAUCUAUGAGUGCACAGCCACCAACAGCCUGGGAGAGAUCAACACCAGUGCCAAGCUCUCAGUUCUCGAAGAUUCAUGGAAGUGGAAUUGCUGGAUCAGAGGACACAUGAAUUUUUAAGAGUUUCAGUAUUUCCAGAAGAUUGUGUCAGUUUACACUCCCACCAAGCAGGGCAUGAGAGGGCCUCUUUUCUGCACAUCCUCA